AUGACAAUACUUGAAGUGAGCAUUGUUUAUCAUGUAAAUUAUAUCGAAGGUCGUCACAGUAUAGCAUAUGUGCUUGUACCUUUGUCAUCUGAGACUGCAAUGCGUUUGGGUUUAAAACCAAAUGAGAGUGAAAUAUUCAUCCCAUGCUCAAAUUGUUUUUUCAAAUUUGAUCGAUCUCGCGAUCAACUAAUACAGUAUUACAAUCGACCGGCAUUUGGUAGAAAGCCUGAGCCUUGCGGAUGCUUUGAAUAUGUAAAGAAAAUUUUCACGAACCUUAAGAAACCAGCUCCAAUAAAGGUGUCAAACGAUAUUAUCAUAAUCGAUGUUGGCACAUAUUACGGGGUGAUGAAAACGGAUCAAUGUCGUUUGGAUUCAAUGAAACAUGUACGUACAGUAAAUGGACUGCAGCUAGCUUUAUUGAUGAGAUGUUCGUGA